AUCUACAUUUUUAUUACUGCUUUGUGUAGGAAUCACAAGCUUAAUUAUAAUCUGUCAGUGUUCAGUGUUGAAUGAACCUAACCAAGUUGUGAUAUGUGAAUUAUUGAAAUGUGAAAUGAAAACAGUUUGUAAUGUAAUAUUUCAACAUGCGAAACGUGGAAUCACAUCUUUUAGAGGAUAAAAUGGACGAAGCGGUCACGCAUUAUAUGAAUUCACACCAAACACCGGAGUCCGUCCAUGUAGAUGCCAACUCCUUGGCUCUGAAUGUACAAGAUGAUGGAGGUGGUCGAGUGGUUACUGUCAUGCACCCACAGAACUUUCCAACACAAAUGUGCAGGCAAGUAUCAGUGGGUGAGCAAGUUGGUGACGGUCCAUGGGUGGAGGAACUCUUGGACCCUGAAGGUAGACUGGCAGCUCUAGUGGCACACCUUGCACAACAUUCUCGCGCUUCCCAUCAUCAGACACAUCCUAAUCAUCAUAAAGUGCCUUCUGUAAGGAGUGAUGUGGACCCAUCUGUGAUUUUAGACGCGCCAAUGAGAUUGUUCAAUGGACAACCACUGGAUCAACAAUCAGAUACAAUAGUGGUGCAAGUACCACCCCUGCCGACCUUACCACCACUGCAGGACAUGAAAAGAUGUCCGGACACAGAUUGGUUCAAUAAAAAUAAAAACACAUUAAAGGACGACAGUGGGAUUCUAACCGAACAGGACGGUCCGGUUCUAGAUAUCGGAGCCGGAGCCUCCCCCGCGCAAAACAAGCAACAAAGCAAGAAAAGUCUUCCACACAAGAAGAGGAUAUCCAGGAAGUUGAAACGGACCAAUGGAAGCAGUACGCCUCAACAGGACAUAGUGGUGAUAAAUUGCGGAGGCGAGGCCCCGCAGGAAGAGAUCUUGCCUGACACAUUCGAAACCGUCGCGCCGCACUCGCACGUCACGCACGUUCCGCACGUGUCGCAUGUGCCACAUGUGACGCACGUACCGCACGUGACGCAUGAGAUGCGUGCGAUGUUCAUCUGUCAAUUGUGCGGAGAGUUCUAUGGUGAAGAACAAUUGAAAUUUUAUCAACAUCUCAAACAACAUUACGAACCUCACGCCACCAUCAUCAUAGAGAACCCUGUACCUGAUCUAGGCAUAGAUAAGAUGACAAACACUUGUAUCGUAGACAACGUGGCUACCCUACCGGACUCUAUAGUCGAAUUGUCUCUAGAAGGAAGUGUGCCAAAGACAAUGUACCAAUCCAUAGACAAACAUAUACUAUAUACGACAAGCGAUAAAACACUCAAUUAUACAAGCAACAAGCUGCAGUAUUCCGUAGCCAGCAUGGAUAAGGAAGUACCUGAAGUCGAGAAAGCGGAUCUCUACGACUCGUUGGAUAAACUAGAGUAUUUCUGUACCAAGUGCAAUAAAUCGUUUCGAAAACAGAAACAGUGUGAAGCUCAUAUUAAAGAAGCCCAUUCUAAUCAAAAGCUAGAAGAUAUGGGAGAGUUCAGCGAGCCGGAGGACCUGAUGGAGGGGAUACACGUGGCGGUAGAGGAGAGCGGCGAGCAGUACGAGCAGGCGCUGUUGCCGCACCUCACCGUGGAGAAUGGACACGUGCACCAGGAGCACGUGCGGCACUGGUACAUGCGCAACGGGGCGGGCGCGGGCGCCGCGUCCCCGCUGUGCGCGUGCGGCGGCGCGGGCUACUGCCCCGCCUGCGCGCCGCCGCCGCCCGCGCUCGCCAGCGUCGCCGUGCAGGCCUCGCCCGCGCACCCGCAGCCGCACCCGCACCCGCACCCGCACCCGCACCCGCACCGCGCGCCCGACAAGCACGACGAGGAAAUGCUUCAACCGAUCUUCGACACCGAGGAACCACCGGAGGCCUUCCCGGACCAGACGCCCCCGCCGGAGUUGCCGCCUCCCACGUCACACGUCAAAGCCGAGUCGCCGCCAGACCUGAAGCAGGAGAAGAAGAAGAGCAACAAGACGUUCGAAUGUAUCCAGUGCGGUCGAGUGUUCCAGCAUCGUAACAGUCUACUGUAUCACACGUUGAUGCAUAGCGAGAAGCAGCAAGUGUGUCGGGAGUGCGGGAAGAGCUUCUACACCGUUCACGCUUUAAAGAUACACAAGCGCGUGCACAACGACGACCGGCCGUGCAAGUGCGACGAGUGCGGGCGGGAGUUCCGCCAGUGGGGUGACCUCAAGUAUCACAAAGCCUCGCUGCACUCUGACAAGAAACACUUCAAAUGCGAAUUCUGCGGGAAAGAGUUCGCCCGACGCUACUCGCUUAACGUACACCGACGGAUACACACCGGCGAGAAGAACUAUAAGUGCGAGUAUUGCAACAAGUCCUUCCGAGCGUCUUCCUACAGGCUGAGUCACAUGCGAACUCACACGGGGAGUAAGCCGUAUAAAUGUACGCAGUGCGAAAAAUGUUUUCGAGUUUCGUACGAUUUACAAAGACACAUGCAUAUCCAUGAAAAAGUACGUGUUAAGGCCGAAGAACAGAAAAAGGUUAAAGAAGCGAAGGAUAAGAAAACCUCUAAUACCAAAGUAAAUGAAUUAAAAGCCGAAGCAAAACUGCCUAAAAUCGAUCAGAAAAAAACAGAAACUAGGUUACCGAUUUUAAAGAGUUUACUAGAUAAAAAAUCCCCUAAAAAUCCCAAAAAAUCGCCAAAGAAAGCGCCUAACGUAACAGUACAAAACAGAACAGAUGGACAGUUCAACGACGAAAUCUUCGACACCAGGCAGGAUCCGUACAAGUUUAAAGAAGUAUUCGCCAACCCGAAGGAAUAUCCGGAAAUAACGUCUAGAUUACAAGAGAGAUCAGACGAAAGAGACCUGACUACUCUUAGGGCGAUCAAAAGCCAACAGAUCUGCGAAACCGAAGAGAGAAAUUAUAAUAGAGAGAAUACGGAUGGCAAGAUGCAAGUUUUUACACAGAUUGAAAAGAGCAAAGAGUACAGCGGGCCGAUAGUUACCAAUGUUGUGUCCUUGAGCGAUAUCAGGAACCUCGAAAGAGAAGUCGGCCGAGAACCUAGAACAGAAAUACACGGGGAAGGUCUCGAAAAUGGAUUUUUCGAGAAAUUGUCUGCCUUCUACAACAUACCGGCCGUAUGAAAAAAGUUUCGGAAAAGAACCGGUUAUCGACCGGUCGAUGAACGGACCACUUAGUGAAUUUUAUUAGUUUUAUUACAUGAUCCCGGAUCAGGUUUUUAUAAGUGUGUUGGUGUUUAAUAAUGUCAGUAUGUGUGCUACCUAAUGCAUCUGUGAUAGCGUUACUUAAUAUUGAGGCCAAAUACUUAUGUGUAAAGCGAUUAUUUGGAUACAUUAGUAACCAACGGUAAUUAGAUAUAAAAUUUACAACUAAAUGUCAAGUUUAUAAUUGUUGUUGAUAUCAUUCAAAUUUACUGACAUUAAUACGACUCAUGACAUAGUGAAGUUUUACAUUAUUUAAUGAGGAGUAUGCGCAUAUUUUGGGCCAACCCAUAAACCUAACUCUCAUAAAACAAAAGUUUAUUAAAUAAUAUUUUUUUAUUAAUAAUAGGCUGACCUUUAUAAUUAUGCAGCAUUGAGUCCUAAUUGUUUUGUCAUGUCAUGUCAUUCAUACAUGAAUAAAUAAUUUUGCACAAAUAAAGACUAAACCAUUUGACCAGCAUAUAUACAAUAAGUAAUAUGCAUGUAAAUAGUGUAAAAAUAUAUCGAAUAACCACCGCUUAACGUAAUAGUAUAUUUAUAUAGUAAAAUUUUAAAUGUAUAUUAAUAAAGUCGCAUAAUCAAAUAACGUAUUUUUAAGUAUAAAUUAAACUCGAACAAUUAUUCUGUAAAGUUAUUAAAGGUUUCUAUACCGUUUGUGAAUUUUUUUCACUUUCAAUUUAUAUAUAAAUAUUGUUUUAUUUAAUUAGAUUUAAAACGGUUAUAAAGACUUAUAAAUUAUAGCGAACAAAAACAUAGGCCUUGCUUAUAAACGUUUUUAACGGGUGUUUAGCUAAAAUAGAUUUAUCUCCUUCUGACGUCAAUAAUUUGACACUUGAAAGAAGAAGACAGCAGCGCUAAAUAACAUUUAUUGGUAAACCGUAAUAAAUAAAUGAUGUCGCAUAAUAUUAAAUAAAUUGUCGCGUCUAAUAUCGAUGUCAUAAAGCAUGUAUUUUGCAAUUGUUUUUUUUUAUAUAUUUGUUAACCCAGGCAAAAACAAAUCUUGCACGUCCGUCCUUCAGACUGACAUAUGUCACACCAAAGACGUCAACAAGACGGUCAAAGAAUACAGACAUAGAUGGAAUGUAGUCUGUAAGGAUUUUAUAUGCGUACCAUGAAUUACUUCUUGAUCAAAGGCGCUGACGGCAGCUUAUCAUUUUCGCUCUUGCUUCCACUCGAAGGCUUAUUAUCAUGGCGUCCUUUUCUCCAUGACAGUUGAUCGAUCGCGGGCACGCGGCCUUUUUGGUCGCAAAAUAAUUGUCUCUAGCGCGCCCCUAAGAACUAGUUUUCUAUGUAUGUCUGUAUUCUUCGCUAUGGUGCUCAACGUGACGCGGCGACCGCGUCGAAAUCAUGUCUUCGUCGUUUACGACAAGACUUCGAUAUAAAUGAAUUCAGACUAUUUAAUAAUGAAAUUUAAAUUAUUUUAAUGUAUAUUUUAAUUAUGAUUUAAAUAAAUGCUUCAACACGGUGAGGCUUCUAUGACCCCUUAACUCUAAAGCAUUAUUUGUCAGUGAAUAAAAAUAUAAUUAUUAGUAUUUAUUAGUAUUCGUUUUAAAUACGAUAUUUUAAAUUCGUGUCAAUUUUUGACUAUCUAUGUGUUGAAAAAUUAAUAUGAUAAUUUUUUAUCUUUAUAAUAUUUUAAAUAAAUAGUUGGCUUCCAAUGUAUUUUACUAAUGCCAAAUGUGAAGAAUGACAAAUAAAUAUAUAUAAUACAUCAAUACUUCAAAUU